AGAGAAAACAGCCCAUGCCCGCCCAAACGAACGAGUUACAUGGUAAGAGCAUGGAAUCCUCUCCAUUGUGGGUAAACGCUUGAAUUCACACCAGGCUUCGUUCGUUCACUUCUCUCGUGUCCGAUUCACACUCUCUCAACACAUCUGACGCAUUUCUGUCAAUUCACUUCUUUCACCUGCCCGGCUGCAGAUUUUAUUUUAUUUUUGCGUUUUUGGGUGCAUAAGCUUGUGUGCAAAUUUGUCCCCUGUACGCCGGUCUCUCCUUGCAAAUUCUAUCUGUGGUUGCCGUGAUUUCGGGUAUUCUUCCUCUUCUUUUGACGAUACCCGUCACGUUUUUCCCCUAUUAUUUUUUUUUUCUUCUUCUUCUUCUUACUCUUUACACACCCGUUGUAUCCCAAGGACACACAUUACACUCAUUCAACCCCUCCGAGUCGACACGAAGGUCCGGAGAUUUAGUGGAGGAUUUCUCUACCAAAGUAAAUCCGAAGUUGCUGGUCGACCACACGUUCCUCCGUCCGACCACCAAAUAUCUCGAUUGGACUCGACUGUCCGACCGCACCGUCAUUCCUUUCUUUCCCACGGGGAAACAGCGAAAGGCCCUAAAGCGACCUUGACGCUAACAGACGCCGGCCGUCGACUCCCAUCACGAUACACCAUACUCUUUAUUGUUAUUAUCGGUCAUUGGAGAGAAUCAGUCCAGAGGCUUUGAAGCCAAAGACGCGUGGGGUGCGUCCACCUUCGCGGGGGAAAAGAGAUUGUUGGGCAAUUGCCGGCCUUUUUAGCGGACGAUCGCGAGCGAUUCCGAUACCGACCGACGAACCUCUCACUUUUUCACGAUGGCGAACAAAAUCCUCGUGGCGUACAUCUUCGCCGAUUUCCUCUUCGUCCUCAUGGGAGCCCUGAUGCUGGGUUUCUCGAUGGUUGUCGGCAAUAUCAAGGACGAAGUUCCCACCGAUGGCAACCAGGCCGCUCGGAAUUUGCUAUAUCAAAAAUUUCCGUUGACGGCAGGAAUAGUCAAUGCCAUCUUCAUCUUCAUUACCUUCCUCCUGACGAUCCCGGCACUCAGCACACCUGCCCGCGGCUGGCUCAAGAUGUCGGGUUACCUUGUCGUCGUGAACGCCCUUUUCAGCCUCGUUAUUGGUCUGUUCCUUUGGAUCAUGACCCUCAAGACCAGGGACGACCUCUUCCCUACCUGGGUUGCUCAAACCCCUCAGGUUCAGUCGCUUAUGGAGUCUUCAUUUAAGUGCUGUGGAUACUAUAAUAGUACCGCGCCCGCCUUUGUCACGAACCAGGUCUGCCCUAGCCCAGCGGCUGCAGCCCUCAUGCGCGGCUGCGCAACUCCUAUUACCAGCUUCGCCAACGUCUUCAUCGACAACAUCUUUACUGGCGUUUUCGGCAUGUGUGGUAUCGAUGGUCUCUUGGUUAUCGCUACUGCCUGCCUGCUGAAGGACCGCAAGGAGCAAGAACGUUUCCGUCAUAUCGACCAGAAGGCCGGCCCGAUGAGCACUCUGUGAGCGCCACGAAACACCGUCGGCACAAUUCAAAGUCGCUAUGCCAUCGGCCUCCCAAUUCUGCGACAUCCCACGGGCCCGCCUCGCUGGCCCACACGGCCAUUUUGCGUGACUUGGUUGGGAGCAAGAUAGCAAAUCUGCGGUUGCAUCACCUUUCCAACUUUAUGUCUUGAUGUAUUUAGCGGUCAUGUGGGAGGUUCUCGGCAUUGCAUCUAACCUUUUUUUUUUACUUUUUUUUAUUUUUCUUCUUUUCUCUGUCGAAGCAAAUGCUUCUCAAUAUUCAAUACUUAGUCAAGUAUUUGUUUCGUCGCGGACAUUCUCAGGGCUGAGCGUCCUCUGUCGCCCCAGUCGAUCUUUACCGCAUAUGUUCACUCAACAUACUCUACCAGCGAGGCUGCUGAGAUUUUCAUCGCUAUCAUUCCCCAUUGUAUAGAUUUUAUCCUGCUGUAUAUACCGUAGUUAUUUGUUCGACCCGAGUUGAAAAUAUUUGUCUUGGAAGUGCUGUCUCAGGUUGUCUAGGAUCUCAGGACUUGGCGGAAUCAAGAGACCCGUUAUCUGUGGAUCGAAACUCGGCAUCUUUUACUGUGUUGUGUCACUAAUUUGGCAGCUCAGAAAGACAUGUCUCGGGGAAUUUCGUUUUGGAUAUUGCAUCUGAUUGAUAAAUGUUUAUUCCAAGGAAUCUUAAAAUAGCGAGGUUUAAUUUUUGAAUCCAUGUUGUCCAGUUAUUUUGCCGCCUGCUUACUACCCCAAGCGGCAUUUGGUGUCGCUUGGAUUAGGCAGGCGACUCAAGGCACUGGGUAAUCUGUAACAUAGGAAUAUUCCCUAGGUAGUCUUGGCCAAAUCGACACAGCCCCUGGCCAGA